CUUGCCGGGGGCUCAGGAUGGAGCCCCCCUUGAGCCCCUCCACGGGGCCGCCCGCGCCCAACCUCUCCGCACCCAUUCCGCUGAGCUGGGGUCUCAACUUGACUUCGGGACGGGGAGUGUCGGCCCCGGGAGCGCCGCCGCUCCCCCCCGGGCAGCCCGGGCGCCGGGUGCAGCUGGCGUUCCUGGCGAUCAUCCUGGUGGCGGCCGUGGCCGGCAACGUCGCGGUGCUGUGCCGCCUGUGCGGCGGGCGCGGGCCGCGGGCCGGACCCAAGCGGCGCAACAUGGACUUCCUGCUGGUGCAGCUGGCGGCGGCCGACCUGUACGCGUGCGGCGGCGCGGCGCUCUGGCAGCUGGCCUGGGAACUGGUGAGCGAGCCGCGCCCGACUGCGGGCGACCUGGCCUGCCGCCUGUCGCAGCUGCUGCGGGCCUCGGGCCGGGCGGCCUCCGCCCACUUCGUGGCGCUCAUCGCCCUGGAGCGCCAGCGCGCCGUGCGCCGGCCGCAGGGGCCGCCCCUGGCCGCGCGCGCCCUCGCCGCCGGGGCCUGGCUGCUGGCGCUGCUGCUGGCGCUGCCCGCCCCCUUCGUGGUGCGCGGGGCGCCGCCGCCGCCGCCGCCGCCGCCGCCGGCCCUCGCGGCGCCCCCCGCCGCCCGCGCCUGGCCGGGGCACUGUCGUUGCCGCGGCAUCUUCGCGCCUCUGCCGCCUUGGCACCUGCAGCUCUACGCGCUGUACGAAGUCCUCGUGGGCUUCGCGGCGCCCGUCGCGGUCAUGGGCGUCAACUGCGGCCACCUGUUGUGCGUGUGGUGGCAGCGCCGGCCUCCCGCGCCCUCCGCCGCCGCCGCCAGUCCCGCCCGAGCCCGCGCGCCCGGCGAGCUGCCCCGCGCCAAGGUGCAGAGCCUGAAGAUGAGCCUGGCGCUGGCCGCGCUGUUCGUGGGCUGCGAGCUGCCCUACUUCGCCACCCGCUUGGCGGCCGCGUGGUCGGAGGACCGCACUCGGGACUGGGAGGGCGACGGCCUGGCGGGGGCGGUGCGCGUGGUCGGCGUGUGCCACGGCGCCCUCAAUCCCUUCGUCUACCUCUUCUUCCAGGCGGGCGACGGCCGGCUCUGCGGGCGGCUGCGGGGGCACCUGGCCGCCGUGUGCGGCGCGCGGGCGGGGGCCGCCGAGGACCCCGGGGGGGUCGGGGAGCACCCGGCUCUCCAUCGCCACCGCUGGCCCCAUCCCCAUUAUCACCAUGCUCGGCGGGACCAGGGGAACCAGGGCGGCUGGCGCCCACCCCCGCCGCCGCCCAGACCGCUGCCCUGCUCUUGCGAAAGCCCCUUCUAGGCCCUUCCCCGGCGGCGCGGAGCUCACCUGUCCCAGAGGCUCGGCCUCCGGAGCCCCGCGGGGCCGGCGCCCAGCCUCCCUCUCCAGGAGACCCGAGCUUGAGCCCUUUCUCCUAUCCUAUUCCUAAAAGUGUUUACAUUCCCCUGCCGUUCCCAUUCAUUUUCUGCCCUCCAGGUCCUCUCACGUGCUCAUUUGCAGAUGAAAGGAUACCCUUGGGAAGUCACACAAAAAAAUACACCCAUUAAACUCAGAAUUAUUAUUUUUG